CCCAAUCAGCUGUUCGUGCAGACAAAAAAUGAAAGACGUUUACGUUUACACAUUUACUUAUUGAAUAAACGAAAGAAAAUGAGUCAAUAUAGUCACAUCAAAUAUACGACAUCGCCAACGCCAUCCGUGGUGUCGGGCUACUCGAGCGCCUCGCGGCUCCAUUCGCCGCUUCCGCCACCUGUGGGACAUCGCAAGGAUUGCCUGUCGGCGACAUCAAAAACCUACAAAUAUCUUCGACGCUUAUUUAAAUUCAAUCAAAUGGACUUUGAAUUUGCAUUGUGGCAAAUGAUCUAUUUGUUUAUAUCGCCACAGAAGGUGUACAGAAACUUCAAUUACCGGAAGCAAACCAAAUCUCAAUUUGCACGCGAUGAUCCCGCCUUUCUACUGCUCCUCCUUGUUUGUCUCUUUGUAACCUCUGUGGGAUUUGCUUAUGUGCUAAACUUGUCCUUUUGGCAAAGCGUCGGAUUUAUAUUCUAUGUGAUUAGUGUCGAUUGCAUAUUUGCUGGCGUCAUAAUUGCAUCAUUCUUUUGGGCGGUCACAAAUCGUUUCUUGCGCACCAGCAAUUUGGAGCCGGACAUUGAGUGGGGCUAUGCAUUCGAUGUGCAUCUGAAUGCAUUCUUUCCGCCUCUAAUCUUAUUGCAUUUCAUCCAAUUGUUCUUUUACAAUUGGCUAAUCAGUCAGACAUGGUUCAUAUCGCGAUUCCUCGGCAACUCCUUCUGGCUAAUGGGCAUGAGCUACUACGUAUACAUCACUUUUCUUGGCUACAAUUGUAUUCCGCAUCUGAAGAAUACACGCCUCAUACUCAUUGCGUUGCCCAUUAUCUUUCUGUUGUAUCUUGUCGUCACUAUCAUUGGCUGGAAUGCAACAAUAUCCUUUGUGAACUUCUACAAAUAUCGUGUGUAUUGAGGAGGAUUUGACGAUGUGGACUGUAAAUUAUUUUGCUUCUUAGCUGCUAGGCGAUCCCUACAUUAAUGACUAAUAAUACUUACUACUGUAGCAUAAUCCAUGUUAAUAUAAACAUCGUAUUAAAGUUUAACUUUCCAUUUGAAAA